AUGGCCUCCGUCUUGGAGUUUGCCUGCAUCUGCUCAGCCCUCACCCUCUACCACUGUGAGGUGAUGGGCACUGAGGAUAAAAUCAAUGCUCUCAUUAAAGCAGUCAGUAUAAAUGUUGAACCUUUCUGGCCACGUUUGUUUGCAAAGGCUUUGGCCAAUUUCAACAUCAGGAGCCUCAUCUGCAGUGUGGGGGCUGGUGGACCUUCCCAGCAGGAGGUCCUGCCCCCUCUGCCACUAGAAGCAAAGAAACAAGAAUCUGAAGAGUCUGAUGGUGGCAUGGGCUUUGGUCUUUUUGACUAA